AUUUAACAUGAACGUGGCUGGUGAGAAGGCUCAAGUUGGAGCUCAAAUAAACGUCGUUAAUCCGAAUGUAUAUAACACUUGUAUUAAAAACUACGUCACCGUGUUGCAAGGCACUCAAGAAAAUUUUAACGAACAAAUUAACUGUAUAAGAGCAAAAUGGAAGGAUAUAGAAGCAACUGAAGACGCAACCGAUGAAACAACAGUUUUGGUAGAAAAAGUUACCGAUAAUGCCGAAGAAAUCGCGAAGAAAUUGAAAUCUAUGCGCGAAGCCUUGAAACAGAAGGUUGUAUACAUGAAUGAAUUGCUGAACGAAGUGGUUGCGUUACGGGCAGACUGUAGUGAUGUAUUGACAGUUAGUAAAUGGGCGGAUUGUGAAGAAGAAUAUAUGCAAGCUGAGGAACGUAUUGAAGAAAGGAGAAUUGAAAAGUUACAACAGGAAAGAAAAGAGUUGGAAAUGGGAUUGUCAAUUGUUAGAGCUCAAUAUAAAACAGCUUUGAGCGACUUGUGUGAGGCGGAUGAAAAACUUCAACGCUUGAAAAUGGUAGUAGAAGAACUGGAGGAUACUAAAUCAAGUGAAAUAUCUGCCUGGCAAGAAACUGUGCGGAUAAAAGAUUCGACCAAGAAAAGGAGCCCAGAAGAUAUCAAGAUUCUAAAGAAGAAUAUUCAAGAACUAAGGAAAAAGAUCGAAAGAAUGGAGAAACGUAGACGCAGCGAGAAAGAGGAAUAUAGAACACUGCAACAACAAUGUCUUGAUGCCGUCGAUAGAAUGAAAGAAUUGAAUAGCGCGAUCAUCAAUAGAGACGUAGUGGCUCUUGGAAUACAGUGUAACUUAGAUCAAGAGACCACUACUGAAUCUGAAAAUAGUCAACCACUCAGUAUUGAAGAUAUUUCAACCUCUGUUAUUACUUGUUAAUGUUUGUUAAUUGACCUGUGAUUAUAUGAUCGCUGUUAACAUUUGUUUUUAGAUAAUUAAUUAUAUCAUUAAUGAGCUU